AUGCAACACUUGAUUACUGGCUCUCUUUCUCUAAGCACUUCUGCCAGAGCCUGCGUCACAUUUGCUGCGUCAAAUCUGAUAUUUGUUGCUGGUGAUGCUGCCCUAUUCAACUACUCGACUUCUCAAAAUAUUCAACGCCUUGGUUUUGAAUCGGAAAACCCUUGUAAGGUCUUGGUAAUCACUGUGUAUAAUGCUCAGUAUCCGAUUGAUGUUCAUGUUAUUCAUCAAAUCUGUGAGCCACAUGGAAAGGUACUGAGGAUUGCCAUUGUCCGAAAGUCGUUGAUGCAAGCACUGGUGGAAUUUGAAAACGCUGAAAUUGCUAAGAAAGUUAAACAUGCUAUAAAUGGUGCGGACAUCUAUUCUGGAUGCUGUACGCUGAAAGUCGAGUUUGCGAAACCUGACUACGUCAAAGUAACGCGACAGGAUAACGACCAGUUUGAUUUUACCUUGCCUAGUGAUGGUGGUGGUCAAAUGGGAUCUGAACACAGGCAACGAAAAACUCUUCUUCCGGGGGGAGGACCGCCGGUAGUCCCAGGUCCCUAUCCAGGUGGAAGACCCGACUUCAGCAAUCGUAAUGGCUACGAUGAUCCCUACGCAUUCAGAGGAUCAUUUAGCGGGCGCGGUUAUGAUGGAUAUGGAGGUCCUCCUAGAGGGAGUUUCCCGCCGCGUGGUCGCCGCCCCCCACUAGCUUCUCGUGGAGGUUACGACGAUUUCGACAAUUCUCAGCACUUUCCACCUGUUGGAGGAUCAGUAAGUCGACAUAUUGGAAACUGCGAUAUCAUACUGCUUGAGUUCUUUUGUGUGUAA